UUGGGAGUAAUUUUUUGUUGCCAAGAAUGUCAAGUUAAUUGUCAGAUUUUUAAAUCUAAUCCACUGGGGAAUACCUAUUUGUUAUUUUUAGUGUAAUAAUGGCUUAUUUACUUCAGCCAGAUUAUGUGCGAUAUGUUUGUGGUUGCGGAUCAUUGAAACCUAUUUCUCGGAUUUAUUUUUGUAGACAUUGUUUAAAGAUUAGGUGUGGUUAUUGUGUUUCUCAUGAGGUCGACUCUCACUACUGUCCAAAUUGUUUAGAAAAUUUACCAUCCUCCGAAGUGCGACUGAAGAAAAACAAAUGCUCUAAUUGUUUCGACUGUCCUUGUUGUUUUCAAACACUGACUAUUCGAGCUGGUCACCCGCCAAUAAGACCAGCUGCGACUGCCGAAGAUGCUAAAGUAACACCUAAAAAGGUUUAUUAUUUGUGCUGCUCGUUGUGUCGAUGGAGUUCCCGAGAUGCGGGGAUUCCCGAUCAGUUUGUUGCUACCGGGGGUUGGCCGGAGCAAGAAAAUCCUCACGCGGCUAGAAUAACUGCACUGAUUGACUUUCACAAAAUACUGGCUUCGCGUGAGCGUCAAAAUCAGGAACGAAAAAAGUUUGAUCCAAAAAGAACUUCUCUGCAAUUUUUUGGACUAACAUCUGCAAUGGCUCGAAAACGAGCUGGACUUCCAAUAGUCUCGGAAGCUAAAUGGCAGCAAUCUAAUUUCCCUCAACCUUCUGUUGCUUCUGAAGAAGUCGAAGAACUGCCUGCGUCUAUCUUUUCUUCUCCAGUUGACAUAACAAAAAUUACAACAUUAGAUCAACGAUUGCAGCAUCCAGAAGUUCAAGCUGAGAAAAUUUACGAGCUAAGACCGCAGCAUAAAAAAUUUCCUGUAAAAAGAUCCCAGAGAUGUCGAGUUUGUGAGCACAAUGUCAGCAAACCAGAGUUUUCUCCUCAAUCUAUCAAGUUUAAAAUUCAAUUGGCAGCUUUCUAUCAUGUACCAGAAGUACGGAUCGUUACUUUUGAACCUCUGGAAGUCGGCAAGCCGAGUGAAUUGCUGCUAAAAUUCUGCAAUCCAACCCAACAUCAAACACAAAUAAUAUUACUGCCUGAAGAUACUCCGACGACAUCCACUACGACAUCAGCGACUGGCGAGAAGGAGGAACUCAAACGCGAGAAUAUGCAAUUGGGCUGUGAGUCGCCGAAUUUAUUACCGUCUGUGGUGAGACAAGCGUCUGUACUGGAAGAUCCAAAGCCAGUGAAGAUUGUUUCUGGAGCAACCAUUGAAUUGCCAACUGGUCCAGUGAUUCUAGCUCCGCGCGACGAUGCAGCUGAGUACGACGAUACUGGGGAUACACAAACAUUCCCAGACGAUCCCAAAUUGGUAGUCUGGCGAAAGGGUAACAAAGCAGUACUGAAAUUGCAAGUAACACCUCUUGUUCCUGAGGAAGGCAAAGAGAAUGAACCGAUUAUUGUUGGAUUAGUUAUGCAGUACGGAUACAUAAAUACAAUCGCAACUCUGGAGCACAAGACGCCGCAAAAAGUCGAUUUAAAAGUUAAAUUAUUUCUCACGCUUGAUAAACUUAAGAAAUGUUAAUUUUAAAUAUUU